AUGCACAGCGGAGUGAUAUCGGAAGUUGGUGCUUUAAUUACCAUGUUUACGCAACGUCUCAGUGUCGAGGAUAUUAAUCCUCUGUUGUUGAAUUAUUUCUGCAUUAUUGUCGUUACGAGGCGGUUUGAUGAAGAGAUCAUCAUUUUAUGUGAUUUCGAGAAGUUGUGA